AUGAGCGAUAAUGAGCGUUCUGGACCCACAGGCGAUGAUGAACUAUCUUUGCCAAAAGCCACCGUCCAGAAACUCAUCAACGAAAUGAUGCCCGAAGAUGUUGUGUGCGCCAAAGAUACACGCGAUCUUCUCAUCGAUUGCUGUGUUGAAUUUAUUCAUCUGAUUGCUUCUGAAGCUAAUGAGAUUUGCGAAAAGGAGACCAAAAAGACAAUUGCAGGUGAACAUGUCGUGUCAGCACUUCAGGCACUCGGUUUUGAAGAUUAUGUAGAAGAAGUAGACGAAGUAUUCAAAGAACAUAAGAAACAACAAAAGGAUCGAGACAAGAAGAGCACACGAUUGGAAAACACUGGUAUUUCUGAAGAAGAGCUGUUACGACAGCAAGAACUCUUGUUUGCUCAAUCACGACUCAAAUUCGAAGCACAACAGCAGUAAAAAAAAAAGAAAAAAAAAAGCAAAAGCCCAAUAAGAAAAAAAACCGACAUUUUAUCUCAUCCUCACUUGCCCUAAACAUUCAUUCCUACUCUUCCUACUCUUCCCACUCCUCUUCUACUUCUUCCUUCUUCCUUUUUCAUCAUCAAUUCUCUAUGUAUUUCUCUCCAUCAUCUAUAUAUUUUUAUUUAUAUAUUUAUAUGUUUAUUUUCAUAUAUAUAUUAUUUAUAAUAAAUUG